AUGACACCAUCAAGAAUCAACACUCUUGCAACUCCAGCACCGCCUCCUACUCCACCAGUGAUUCUGGUGGCGCCUAGCAGCGGUGGUGGUGGUUCAUCCAGCAAGUGGGUUUUUGUUGGUGUCGGAAUUGGUGUCGUCAUGAUGCCCUCGACAUCGAAUCUGAAGCAAGAAGAAAGGAAUUGGUUGGAUCUCCCAUCCGAUGUAACGGCCAAUAUACUUAAAAGGAUUGGUAUGGUUGACAUUCUUCAGAACGCGCAGAAAGUGUGCACUGCUUGGCGUAAGAUUUGCAAGGACCCUACUAUGUGGAGGGUCAUCAAUAUGAACCACUUACGGAGAGCAAUUCCAGAAGUCUCAGCUGAUAAAAUGUGUAAGCAUGCUGUGGAUAGAAGCCAAGGCCAGUUAGUUGAUAUCACCAUUGUUUCUACUUGUGAUGCUGAACUUCAUCUAUAUGUUGCUGAUAGGUAUGUGAGCUAA